AUGAAUGGCCUUUUUCCUUUAUAUAAAGAUCGUUAUAUUCCUUUCUCUUUUGAUAAAGAAAAUUACGAAAGAGAUGAAGAUGGCCGAGAUAUUAACUAUGACUAUAUAAUGGAAGUUUUACAUGAAAUUAUGAAUGGAUAUGCUAAAAUUUUACUUAUUUUAUUCAACCCGUCAUUAGCAGGAUAUUUAAUUGGUUAA